AUGAGACACCAACUGAAAAAAAACUCGAAAACUCGAAACCCCGAUCAACAAGACGAUGUCAAGUGCCUGGAAGAGGCUAAGCAUGAUGGGGUCGACGCCGACGUGUCUCCCAUUAGCAAACAGCAUACAAAGGGAACCAGUCUAAAAGAAGACAGGGAAUUUGGUGACCCAGAGACUGGACCGAAAGCUCUGCAUGAACUGAAGAAUGAUCACAAACAAGACGAAGCCGAGACCCCUGAAUACCCUGUGUCUAAGAAGACGCCUGCAGAUGAGAAAGUGGUCGAGAGAAGCGAAAAACCCGGUAAUGUAGACCUUUGGCAGAGAGCCUUUGACGAACUGAAUGAGGAUUUAAAGGGACAGCUGCGUGAAGACGAAGCUAUAUCUCCGGAAAAUGCCAUCAAAGAGGUCAUCGAUAGAACGAAAGAGAGCUUUAAAGCAUAUCAAAAUGGAGGACUGAAGUUCAAGAAGUAUGAUGGAAAAGAAGUCAAUGUUCGCGAUGUGGCCAAAAAGAUUCUCAACUCGGCUAUUCACUGUUCAGAUAUUAUUAAAGGGAUAGCAGCUUUUGAUCCUAGUAACCAUGCUUCAAGCGCGUGGGGAAUCGUCACGCUUGGACUUACGGUAAGAAGAGUUAUUUUGAUAUACUAUAACAUUUAA